CAAAGCACUGGCAGUCCUUAGACAUAGCCAGCACUUCCCAUACGCUAAGCGUGUAUUCAAUGGCUUUGUUGCGAAUCACAUAAAUAGUCACCAAAACUGAUGUGUCUUUCAGUGAAUGGUUUGCAUCAGUGAUGAGACACUUCUUUGUGCAAAAGUCUUCGUGUAUUUCGUGUACACUAUCUGUGCGUAAAAAAGGACUCCGAUUACUGGCAUAGAGUGUGUGCUAUUGACUGCCAAUGAAUUGAUUAUAACUUUAAAGUGCUAUUCAUUUGCACAAAACAUAUCCAAACGUAUGGUUUCACACCAUUGAUGACCACUAUAUGAGACACCAACUGAUCACCCAUUCAUCGGUUCCAGACAUUCAUUGCGCGCAAACUUUUUGGAUGUCUUUUUAAUUGCAUUUUAUUGAUUAGUUUUUAAGUAAUUUGUUUGUAUAUUGAAACCAAUUUGUGGGUCACUUAUGAUGGAGUCCUCAUCGAGCGAAGAGUUGUCCCAAUCGUUGAGUGGCAGUCAAUAUGACGCUCAGAACGCGUCCGAUGAGUGGACUAUACUAUCAGAUAAUGACGAUAUGGAUGAUCAGCACAUGGAUGUCGAUGGCGAACAUGACUCCGACGAUGACAAUCGCAGACCACUGGCUGCCACGGCUCCAGAGGACAAAACAACGACAGAAGAGAUCGAUAAUGAAUGCAAUCACAAGAAUGAGCUCCAAGUCAAUGGUAAUCCCGUGGAAUCACUGGAUGAACAACAGAUGCCCGACACGACCAGUGAUAUUGAUGUCAUAGAUGAGGAUGAUCUGGACAGCAGUGAUGACGAACUGUCCACUGCCUCCCUGUGCUCGUCGUCGGUGGUCUCGCAGACGUCUAACCUGUCGUUCCUAAGGGAUCAGUAUCUGCGGCAACAGCUGCUGAGUCCGGACUUCGCCACAGAAGACCUGUCGGAGUCGUCUAGUCUGAACUAUCGAGAGCUGGGAUCGGAAGUGGAGCUCAAGAGGGGAACGAGAGCCUACGUGCACACACCCAACACCGGUCUGAACGGCAAACUGAAUCUCAUACUCAUAUUGUCUGUGAGUACAGUCGUGGGACUGGGGAUCGGGAACUUCAUCGGCUGGUCGAACCACUGGAACAAACACAAGCAGCUGUCGUUGGGUCAGGUCCUCAAACUGAAGCAAUUGCAGGACGAGCUCGUGGUCUGUAUGCAAGAUCAGGCCAAUAAGGGCACCGAUCAAUCCAUCAAAUCUAUACUUCAUUCGUCUUUGUCUGGCAGUCGGUCUCUCGAACUCAUAAUCGGUUCCCAACUUUGA